AUGGAAACUGCAGCCAUUUUUUUUAUGUUUUCUUUACUCCUGUUUCGCAAAUGCUAUGCUGCUGAGCUCAGCAACGUUUCAAAUUCAUGGUACUUGAGAGAUGGAGACACGUUGGUCUCGACAACAGGGAUUUUCGAACUGGGAUUUUUCAAGACAGAUAACUCGGAGAAUAAAUAUCUUGGCAUUUGGUAUAAGAAAAUCUCUGUUCAAACGGUGGUUUGGGUUGCCAACAGAGACCGACCGAUCCCUGCAGGUGCAUCAACACCUGUCUUUAAGAUAGCUGAUCAAGGAACUUUAGUACUCCUCAACAAUAAGAGCAAGAUUUGGUCAUCCGGAACAACAAUGAACGCAUCACGAAAUGCAACUGCAAAGCUCCAGGACAGUGGAAAUCUAGUAGUGAUGGACCAACAUGAAAAGGUUCUCUGGCAAAGUUUUGAUUAUCCAACUGAUACUCAACUACCUGGAAUGAAAAUAGGGAAAGAUUACUUACGAGGCAUCGAAUGGCGUCUAUCAUCAUGGAAGAGUAGUCAGGAUCCAGCUCCUGGUGAAUUCACCUGGGCUGCAGAUACACUUGGCUACCCUGAAAACAAAAUAAAACAAGGUGCAUUGGUCAAAUACAGGGGCGGUCCAUGGACUAAUCAGAGGUUUACUGGGGUUACACUAUUUAAUAUGAGCAUUAACUAUGCAUGGGUUGCAGUUUUGAAUAAUAUGGAGGUGUCUUUUACUUAUAUUGUUGAGAAUAGUUCUUUGUUAACAUAUGCCAGCUUGAAUUCGGCAGGGCAGCUAGAAAAUUGGGUUUGGUUAAAAGAUGCUAAAAAAUGGCAGCUUAGCUUCUCAUUACCAGGAAGUAUUUGUGAUACAUACAACAUAUGUAAAGCUUAUGGAAGCUGCAUCGCAAGUGCUGAUAUGGUCAAACAGUCAUGUACUUGCUUGGAUGAGAAAAGAUUUGUGCCUAGAGACCAAAAAGGUUGGGACAUGGACGAUUGGUCGGGUGGGUGUGUUAGACGAACACCGUUGGAUUGCAGAAACGGGUCAGAAAGGUUUAUCAAGUACUCCAAUGUUAAUUUGCCAGACACGGAGAGUACCUGGUUUAACUUGAGCAUGAGUUUAGACGAAUGUGAAACCAUAUGCUUACAGAAUUGUACUUGUAUGGCUUAUACAUAUCCAGACACCAGCCUUGCUGGAAGGGGUUGCUUGAUUUGGUUCAAUGAUCUUAUAGACAUCAGACUGCUUCCCGAAGGCAGUGCUGGUAGAGACAUUUUUGUAAGAAUGGCGUCAUCUGAAUUGGGUAUGACAUGCGUGCCUUCUGUGCCCAACUCGUGAAAGCACUUGGUUUUUACAUUGUUGUACCAUUCUUACCAAUUAACUAAUCAAAUCGGGCUUAAACCUAA